UCGUCGGUUCGCUCCGCACUGAUUUUGUUUAUUACAAAUUAGAUGUCCACGAGUGUCUGCGGCGUCUUCAAACCUCCGGCAGGAUGGAGGCGUGUAUGAUGAAACCAGAAGUCAAGAAGAAACCAAAGUCGCACAAACCUGCUCCAAAGCCCACAGAGAUAAAAAGAAAUAAACCACAGGGACCUGAGAAAUCCCCUCCUGCUGUUCCUCAGAGACCGACAGAUUCUGAACUGAGUCACACACAAUACAGACUGAAAAAAGUCACAGCAGCAUACAAUGGGAACGAUGGAAAUGUGAAGCAACAACAGACAAAAGAUAAACCACCUGAGACGCCCGUGGUCCCACCCAGACCCACAGAGAAGGCCAGCAGAAAGCAGAGUCCAGAUUCUAGCGAAGAGGAAGUGGCCUCAGAAAACCAACAAUCUGUAGAGAAAAUCAAGCAAGAAAAAAACGCAGAACCCAAACAGGUCAGUAAAGCCGACAGUGAUGCUAAAGAUGGAGAAGAAGAGGCGAAAACAUCAGAGACGUCCCAUGAGAAUCUGAGUUCUCACAGUGACCUUUCUGCCAGCAGCGACAGCCUGUCUGAAAACAAGGAAAAAAAACAAUGGUACAGCGGGAUGUUAAAGAAGAGGUGGAAACCAACACAAAGUCUUCAAACUGAUCAGGACAAUAAAGCAGACAGUAAUUCUGAAGACCUAGAAGAAGAGGAGAAAACAUCAGAGAUGCCUCAUGAAAAGGGAGGCUACUUGUUUGGUUUCCUUAAAAAGCCAAAAAAACCAGCCGCUGAGACGCCAACGCAGGAGAAUCUGAGUGCCCACAGUGAGCUUUCUUCCAGCAGCGACAGCCUGUCUGAAAACAAGGAAAAAAAACUAUGGUACGCUGGGAUGUUAAAGAAGUUGCCGAAACAAGCCAAAGCUGAAAGUAAUCAGGACCAGCAGUCCCUGCAUGGUGACUUACCCAACUCUAAUGAUGAUCUGACUGAAGCCCAGUCAAAGGUGAGGAUCAUUUAAUAUUAUCUUGAUGAAAUUCCAAUUAAUUGUUCUGAUGUCACCAAGAAAAGAUUAUUUUUUUUAUUUUAUUUUGAGUGGAAUCAUUUGCGGAAAUCCCAAAACUCCUGGAGAAGGGGAUGUGUAAACCGCUGAAAUUAUUAAAUGACAGGCUCUCAAUAACUAGUGUGCAUUUGGGGAGGCCACCCAGAUACAUUUGCAGACUUAUUUUUAUCUAUUUCUAGUCUGUAUUAGAAAAUAAAAAGUGCGGAACAGUCGUCCAUCUCUAAUUUUAAAAGUUCAGUCACUACUUACUUUUCCAACCUACCCCAUCUGUUAUGUUUCACACUAGUUUCUACUGUGGCAGUGCAAAUAUCAUUCAGCUUCUUCUCCAUAGAGGAUCUCAUUCCACCAUUAAAUAGACUCCAGUUUGACCAUCUUGGACACGCAGCAUGUCCUCAUACUGCUCUGGAUGUCCGCUGAGAGCUGCAGCACCCAUGCAGUCCAAGUUCACCCACGUGACAUGAGACUCACAGGCGAGGCAGCUGAAUUACAUCAUUCGGCUACAUCAUGAAAUACACAACAGUUUAAAUGUUUGCAGAGGAGAAACUUAAAAAUGGCUUUUUAAAAAUGUAUUUCAGAGUCAGUCUUUUGCAGCACUCAAAUCCAUUGAGAAAUGCAGAAAAAAAUUUUUUUGCACCUUUGGUACAUGCACACGCACAAACAUCUUAAA